AUGUCUACAUUGGAGGGUGGGGAGAUUCUCGUCCUCACAGAAGAGGAUCAAAUAUCUAACAAAAUUGAAAUGUUUAAUUCAUGUCCUCUAUCGGAGGUAAUUUCAUCAACUCCGAAAAGAAAAAUUGAAAAUGAUUCGAAUAAUCAUCAAAUGAAAUUUGUCAUCAUUUCAGAUACUCAUAGUGCUCAUGAUAAUUUAGAAUUGCCUGAUGAUGGAGAUGUUUUGGUUCAUUGUGGAGAUUUUACUAAUAAGGGAUUGUUUGGAGAAGUGAAUUCAUUCUUUGAGUUUUUGAGAGACAAAUGUGAUGGAAAAUUUAAAUAUAUUAUCGUGAUUGUGGAUAAUUGUGGAAAUGAUAUCAAAAUUCAUGGAACUCGAUUUAGAUCUAAAUGGAAAUUUCCUCCAUUCAUGAGAGAUUCAUUGAGAAAGAAGGAUUUUGAUAUUCCAAAAGAUAUUGACAUUUUACUGUCACAUUUUCCAUCUGAUAAGGGGAAAUUGGAUUCAUCAAGAAGAGCUUCUACUGAGCUGACCGAAUUGAUCAACAGCAGCCACUUUACAAAAUUAAAGAUCCACUGUUUUGGGCACGUUCAUGCAUCUAGGGGACAUUAUUAUGAAAGUGAAACUGAUAGAUUAUUUGUGAAUGCAGCAUCUAUCAAGGGAGAUAAGAAAAAGAAGGUUGUCAACAAACCAUUUGCUUUCUACUUUUAA